CCUACUGCCCACAUUCAUCUGCAACUGCAAAUUCAUAUUUAUUACAAAGAAGAAAGAAAAAAAUCCAUUCGGAUUUAAUUAUUUGCAACAAAUUCUUGAAAAGCGUGAUUUCUACGUGCGCUUUUUCUGCAACUUGUUUUUUUUUCUCUUUUUCCCAGCCAGCAUUCAUUCAACACUUAUUGCAUAGAUUUCUGUACUGUACUAUCUCUAAUUCUCGGAUUUUUGUCUGAAUUUUUUAAAAAUUAAAAAAAAAAAAGAUGAGUGAGAGUGCAGCUGGAACUCGGCACCAAGUUUUCGAUGUUUCAGUCAAUAUGCCUUCUCAGACCGGCGGCUCCAAAUGCUACGACGACGACGGCCGGCUCAAAAGAACUGGAACUGUGUGGACUGCAAGUGCACAUAUUAUAACAGCUGUAAUCGGCUCGGGAGUUUUAUCAUUGGCUUGGGCGACGGCUCAGCUCGGCUGGGUAGCCGGGCCAACUAUGCUGUUCUUGUUCUCUUUCGUCACUUACUACACUUCCUCUCUGCUUGCCACGUGUUACCGGACCGGCGACCCCGACACCGGCAAGAGAAACUACACUUACAUGGAUGCUGUUAGAGCCAACUUAGGUGGUUUCCAGGUGAAAGUGUGCGGGGCAAUUCAGUACAUGAAUCUGUUCGGAGUUGCAAUUGGUUACACCAUAGCUGCAUCAAUAAGCUUGAUGGCAAUAGAGAGGUCAAAUUGCUUCCACUCAAAAGGAGACAACAGCCCGUGCAGAGUAUCGAGCAAUCCGUACAUGAUAGCAUUUGGGGUAGUGGAAAUAGUAUUUUCACAAAUACCAGAUUUUGAUCAGAUUUCUUGGCUUUCUAUGUUGGCUGCUGUUAUGUCUUUCACUUACUCCUCCAUUGGUUUAGGCCUCGGUGUUGCCAAAGUUGCAGAGAAUGGAAAAAUAAGGGGAAGUAUGACUGGAAUAAGCAUAGGCACAGUAACCGGAACAACUAGAGUAACCGAAACUCAAAAGAUAUGGAGAAGCUUCCAAGCUCUUGGCGCCAUUGCUUUUGCUUAUUCUUACUCCCUUAUUCUUAUUGAAAUUCAGGACACAAUAAAAUCCCCACCAUCAGAACACAAGACAAUGAAAAAAGCCACACUCCUAAGUGUAAUAGUCACCACAAUCUUCUACAUGUUUUGCGGCUGCUUCGGGUACGCCGCCUUCGGGGAUUUAUCCCCCGGAAACCUCCUCACGGGAUUCGGCUUCUUCAAUCCGUACUGGCUUCUCGACAUCGCGAACGCCGCGAUAGUCAUCCACCUCAUCGGUGCAUACCAAGUCUACUGCCAGCCCUUAUUCGCCUUCGUCGAGAAAACCUCGGCCCAUUACUUCCCUAAUAGCAAAUUCAUUACUAAAGAAAUCUCGAUCCCGAUCCCGGGAUUUAACCGGUUGUUGAAGCUCAAUUUGUUCCGCCUCGUAUGGAGGACUAUCUUCGUGAUAGUCACGACGGUUAUUUCGAUGCUGAUGCCGUUUUUCAACGACGUCGUGGGGAUCUUGGGGGCGUUCGGGUUUUGGCCGUUGACCGUUUAUUUCCCGGUCGAGAUGUAUAUCGUGCAGAUGAGGAUCCCGAAGUGGAGCCCAAGGUGGAUAUGCUUGCAGAUACUUAGUAUGGCUUGUUUGAUCAUAUCGAUUGCCGCCGGUGUCGGAUCUUUCGCCGGAGUUGUUACCGAUCUCAAGGUGUACAAGCCUUUCAAGACUAGCUACUAAAUUACUAUCUUGAAUUAAAAUUUGGUUUAAUAUGCUUUUUUUUUUUCAAGAAAAUAGGGUUUUGAUUUUUACUCAAUAUUCAUAAAAGGGUUGGGGAAAAAAAAGGGUUUAUCAUGUAUGACUAUGACACUUAUCUAUGUAUGUAUCAAAUGUGGUAUUCAAGAAUCAUAUAUUCCAUAAUUUUCCAAUUUAAGUUUGAA